AGUUGGAUCGCACCUCCUCGGGGAAGUGGGGAGUGGAGUCGUGCUGCGCUUAGGGGCCCGGGAAGGGUUGGGCUGCGGGCGUGUGGGGUGACCAUGAAGGACUGGAGUGCUGGGGUACGGGAACGGGGUACGGAACCCUCAUCUAGUGCUCUGCUCCACGAGGGAACUUGAGGGUAGUAGCAUUUAAGACCGCAAGAAGUUGGGUCCAGGUGGGUAGGGGAACCUGCGGCUCACUGCUGAGCAGAUCUGGGCUCCCGCGAACGGCCCUGCCUCUGGAUCUGACUUUGGGGUAGGACAGGGAGUUGUGGGGCGUCCUGCCUCCCUGCGGAGUCUGAAGGCUCCUCUCCUUAACAGCUGGGCUCUUUCCCUCCUUCCCAAUUGAGUCUGGGCGCCAAGCCCCCGAGUGCUCGUCACGCUGGACCCUGGCGCGGAGCCCUGGCAUCACGACUCGGAGGCUGAGACUCUCUCCUGGAGUCACCCAGCCACUCGCAGGUCCUAGUCUUGUUGACAUUUCCCCGGGUGUCCUGAGUACUUGCCGUGGUUGAUCAUGCCUCUGCUAUUGCUCAGAGUCAAUAGCAGUCAGACUUCAUGACCAGAACCAGCCCGGGUCGGAAGAAAAGGCCAAGCAGGGGAGAUGGAGCCGCCUCAGUGUGUGGAGGAGCUGGAGGAUGAUGUGUUCCAGCCAGAGGAUGGGGAGCCGGGGACCCAGCCUGGGAGCUUGCUGUCUGCUAACCUGUUUGCCCAGAGCCAGCUGGACUGCCCCCUCAGCCAUCUGCAGCUCUUCCCUCUCACCCACUGCUGUGGUCCUGGGCUUCGACCCACCAGCCAGGAAGACAAGGCCACCCAGACCCUCAGUCCGGCCUCCCCGAGUCAGGGUGUCAUGCUGCCUUGUGGGGUGACCGAAGAACCCCAGCGACUCUUUUAUGGCAACGCUGGCUACCGGCUCCCUCUCCCUGCCAGUUUCCCUGCAGGCUUGCCCCUUGGUGAGCAGCCCCCUGAAGGGCAUUGGCAGCAUCGAGCAGAGGUACAGAUUGCCCGAAAGCUUCAGUGCAUUGCAGACCAGUUCCAUCGGCUUCAUAUGCAGCAACACCAGCAAAACCGCCGUCGAGUGUGGUGGCAGAUUCUCCUCUUCCUACACAACCUGGCUUUGAAUGCAGAAGAGAACAGGAAUGGGGCAGGUCCCAGGUGAGGCUGGGCUGCCCUCCUCACAUGGGGCACCACAGGAAGGACAUCAGCGAGGACUGAGCCCGCAUCUUGUGAAGUUUAUUCGUUGCUGUUUUGUGUUUGCAUUUUAAAAGUUUCUGUGUACAUAAGAUGUACCCAAGUGAGACCUCUUUCCCUGUUCAGGACCUCACCAGGAAUGAGGGCCUUUGUCAAACACUGUUGAAGUAGAGGCUGAUGUGUCUGUGAUGUGGGACCUCCCAAGGGCUCUGACAAGUCAAGUCUUCAGUGAGCCAUUGAAGAUGACCAGGUAGUGAUGUUCUCAGCGAGUGGACUGUAGUUUUCCCAUAGGAGCUUGGUUAAGAAAUUAGGAGCCUGGAUUAGACUCCUGGUUGCACCAAAACUAUCAGCCUUCUACUGUGGACGUGGACGGGGCCAAGACCUGACAGUCACACUGCCUUCAAUCCCCCAGGGCCUCAGCCAGGGGCUUUCCAGCUGAGCAACUUCACUAGGCCAGUCCGCCAGCCCCGUAUCUGGGUUCUCCUUUGGCCCAGCCAGUGCCUGCCCCAAGGGCUCAGGGAUUCUCGCCCAGCCCCUGUCAUCUCCAGCAAGACCUCAGGGAGGGUUGGGUUUCUCCAAGGACCCCCUCACACAUGCCGCAAAAUGAACCAAACUUCUGGGUGGGCCUCAAGUCUUACUUGGUCUCGCCCAGAGGCCCCAGGAUUGGUCCCGAGGUGCCAAACCUCUGCCACCUCUAGCUGCCUGGGACUGGCUGGGUGUCAACCACGGAUGAGCCACAUAGCCAAUGAACAUGCCACAGACAGCAGCUGGUGCCUUCGUCAGCUCUUCUUUCAAAAGAGCCAGCCAACACACCGCUUUCCUCCCCCAGGAUCAGCACUCUAGAGCAUGAAGGGGCAGGAUUACGGUGGGGCUGGGAAAUGCGGUGGCCAUCCCACCUAUAAUAGGAGUCAGCCCUCGAGGAACCCAGACCCCCUGGUUUCCUUGGAAACAACAUACCUCCUCCCGCUUAUCCCCAUUCCUUUUUCACACCUAGUGGGAUACAGGCAGAAGCCAGCACAGUGGCUUUGUCAGCUGAAAUGUGUCUUUUAGAGUAACCGACAAUGAUUAGAGUGUGGAAACGGCAGAGCUGGGUACACGUUUCCUGUCUUCCUUCAGCUUCCAGCUAGGCCGGGAGGGCGUGCUCUGGAGCUCCGUGGGAUCACGGCUGCCUCUGAACUUCCCUCCUCUCCCUGCUGUGGCACUAAUGGAGAGAAUUUAAAGCAGCCAGUCUAGCAGCUCUGAUAGUAGAUGCGGGCAAUCUGGAAAGACACGGGGAAUCUGUUAACCAGACACCGCAGAAAUUAAAUUAUAAUUUUUGCAUAUGUACGACAAGAUAACAUUGGUGCUAAUGUGAAGCAAGGCCCAAAGAAAAGGCAGAGAAGACCUCAGGGCUCCCCAGGGAAAUUGGAAGAGCCCAAGUAGACUCUUAACUCUAAACAAGUCCAAGCUCCUCCAGUUCUACAGAGAGGAGGUCUUCAGUACUGUUGAAGGAAGCAUUAAUCUACUGGAUGUACAGUUGGGCAGGUUGUUCACUGCACAAGGGCACCUGCAGAAGAAGAGAAUAGAUGCUAAAGUCCAGCUCAUGCUCUGCCCGCCAGGCUACAUGCCCUGGUGUCGGGCUAUGUCUGCUCAGAGGAAGGGGUGCCUUUCCUAAUUUGCACGAAGGUGCCAUAUGGGCUCACAGUGGCCCUGAGGCGAAGGACCUCAAACUGUGCAUUAGCCUUUGUUUUGUUCUGCUUGGAUGUUCUGAGGUAUUACCUCUUCUUGGCUAGAAUUCCAUUCUCAGGGUGUGUACCAUGGUUUGUCUGCUAAGAAGAUGGGUUCCUGCUCACAAGAAGGAGCCCAGGGAACAGGUGAAGACUGGCUCUGGGACACGCUGACCAUUGUGAAAUGCAGCCUUUCUUGCGUGUCUCCACGCCAUUUUAUGAUGUGCAUCGGACAUGUGUCGUUUCCCCCCUCUCCUGGACCAAGACUAUGACGGGCAGGGUGCUGAUGUGUGCUCCAGUGGCACACAUAAGAAAACCACGAUUAUUUCUGCCAGCCGCUUUGAACCCCUCCUAGUAGACUUCCCACCUAAGCUGAAUGAGAGAGCAAAGAAAUAUUCUAGGUGCCGAGAGGCAAAGCCAUCAGCUUCAGAGAUCUUGCUGGCCCAGGCAGGAUGUCCUGUGGCCUGCCCUGAGAACUGAGCCCAGAGUUUGACAAGCCCACCUGAACAUUGAGCCUGGGGCCAGGUGGAGGGUGGUCUGAAUAGCUGUCUCCAUUUUAUGUGACGCCAGGAACUAGCUCACUAUCCUAAGCAAGCUGGGGCAAAAUUUUAAACCCCUCCUUCCUCUUCCCCAAAAAACACCCAGGAGGUAAACAGCCCCAGGAAGGAGAGAGGUUCCUCCUGGCUGGCUGUUUUUAAUUGGCCUAGUGAUCUAGACUGGCCCCUUCCCCCUCGGCCUGCUGAGUUGGUCUGAACAUUCCUCAAGUCCAGCCUCAGGAGACACAUCCCUCCCUCUGGGCCCCCUUUCCCCAUCCCCCCACCCCCGGGAGCAUGGCUGUGUGUAGUUAGGGGGUGGAGAAUCAGAUUUGGAGGGAGGGAGACUCUGACCUGCCUCCUGACCUGUAACCAGCUGAAGACUUAUGGAGUUGUUGUGGUUUGCCGAGGGUGAGGGGUGGGAGAGGGGCUGGAAAUGUUCCUUUCAUUAUAGAAAAGCCCUGGAGGGAGGAAGCCUGAUAUUCAGGGUCAAAAUAGCCCUUCUAAUUCAAAACCCUAGAGUAGGGGUUUCUGGAAGCUGGUAGACAGAACUGGGAGAAAACCCCACCCAGGCCAGACAUCUGACCCCUUCAGUGGGUUGGAGGACCUGACCUGGCCUCUCUGCCUUUGCCUGCUUUAAAGUUUGGGCUGCUGGAGAGCUGUCCCCGUGGCCUUUUCCUGCUUAGUCCAAGGGAGCAAAAGAUCACCUCCCAGUGACCUCUCCAAGCCCUGAGGGGUGUGAGUCUGUGUCCAGAACUUACGUGUCAGGCAUGCUCAGAGGGACCCAGCUGACUUGUCUCACUGCCCCCGGUGGCCCAGCCUCAUACAAGGAUGGCUCCAGCCGGGGCAUGGCAGGGAGGGGGUUGUUUGGGAUGGUCAGCCAGGGCCUCCACCGGGAGCUGGAGAGCCACUGUGCCUGUCCUGGUCAGCAAGGAGCACACUGAGAUCUGGCAAGCUUGUGUCGUUUGGUAGACUUGAUGAAGAAGGGGUAAGGAGAGUGGAGAGCAGCAAAAACAGAAAGACUUCUGCCUUCAUGGUUCAGCGGGGCUUCUGGGAAUCAGUGUUCAGCCUGGGCUGCAAAAAGCUACAGGGCCCUCUGGGUGCUGAACCCUGGCUGGACUCGGUCCAGGAAGGGGUUAACUUAUCAGCCUUCGAGGCUUGCGGGCACACUGUGGGCAGGGGGCACAUCGGCUGGUGGGGACUUUGAGCUUUGAGGGAGUAACACAGAAAGCCGAGCUCUUCCAUAGAUGCACCAGCCUUGCAGGCACAGGUGCUGAGAACAGGCUCCGGGUCUCCCCGCGCCCCCGCUGCCUGCACAAGUGGCCAGCGCCUCUCCUUCCUCUGUGAGCGUUGCCCAGUGGGCUGCCCCAUCCCUCGGUCCACAGGGGCUGCAGGGGGAGACCCAGUGAGAAUGUAGCAUUUUGCUCAGCCCAGGUUAGUUGUCCUGGGUUCUAGGCACUCUGCCUCUGAGAGAGAGACAGGGAAAGAGAGGGAGGGGAAUGGGGAUCCGUUGUUUUUUAACCUGUACAGAGUAUUCGGCUUUAUGUUCUUCACAUGCGUAUAUGUGUGUGUGUGUGUGUAUAUUUUCCCCCAUCAAUUGGUACAAUUUUUAAUAAAACCAUUUAAAGCAGAGCUGGUCUUUCUUUUUC